GUGCGUUUUACCAGACAAUUUCUUCUCUUUUCUUUUUGCCGGUUUGCGCCCAUGGCUGCCCGUUUCUUGUGGCGAGCCCAGGCAAAGCUCGGGGUAGCAGCUACCGCACUUGUCACCGGCGGCGGUGCUGCGGCAAUUGCUACUUCCGAUGAUCCAGCGACCACGCUCAAGGUUUGCACCACUGUCCCCCUUCGCCUUGUCCGCGACUCCGUAACUGCCGCCUCCAUCGCUUUCGAUUAUGAGUACUCAUUGUUUGGAUUGCCGGAAGGAAGCGAUGAGAGAGCGAAAGUUAAACAUGAAGUUCACCUUAGGUCUGCUUGUAAGCUACGGGAACUAUGUUUCAGAAAUGGAGGCAUAUACAUUAAGCUAGGUCAACACAUCGGGCAACUGGAAUAUCUAGUACCUCAAGAAUAUGUUCAGACAAUGCGGGAGUCGAUGUUGAACAGAUGUCCAGUGUCUUCGUAUGAUCAGGUGCGCCAAGUUGUCAAGAAAGAGCUCGGGGAGGAACCAGAUAAAUUAUUUAGCGAGUUUGAUCCUGAACCGAUAGCUAGUGCCUCUCUCGCACAAGUUCAUGUUGCUCGCACGUUUGAUGGCCAAAAAGUUGCUGUGAAGGUGCAGCACACACACAUGACAGAUACAGCUGCUGCAGAUCAUGCCACGGUGGAUAUGAUUGUGAAUGCCCUACAUUAUGUUUUCCCAUCAUUUGAUUACAGAUGGUUGAUUGAUGAAAUGAGUGAGAGUUUGCCCAAGGCAAGUACUCUUGUUUCUUUCCCGUUUCAUGGUUUUGAGUCUGCAAAACAGGAACUGGAUUUCUUAGUUGAAGCAAAGAACAGCGAGAGAUGUAUUGAAAAUUUCUGGAAGCUAUCUCCUCAUAUAGCAGCUUAUGUUUAUGCACCAAGGGUUCAUUGGAACUUAAGCACUUCGAAGUUACUGACCAUGGAAUAUAUUGACGGUGCACAUGUGAACGAUAUCAAGACGAUUCAUAAACUUGGUCUCAAACCUAAGGAAGUUUCAACGUUGGUUAGUCAAGCAUUUGCUGAAAUGAUGUUUAAGCAUGGAUUUGUGCACUGUGAUCCCCAUGCUGCUAACUUGAUAAUUCGCCCUUUUCCUUCUGGAGGAAGGAAGAUUCUAGGCAAGAGAAAACCACAGUUGGUGCUCUUAGACCACGGUCUAUACAAGGAACUAGAUUUCUCUACUAGAUUUAACUAUGCCUCGCUUUGGAAGGGUCUAGUAUUUGCUGAUGCAAAGGCCAUAAAGGAAAAUUGCGUUAAACUUGGAGCUGGAGAAGAUCUAUAUCCACUAUUUGCUGGUAUCCUCACCAUGAGGCCUUGGAACAGAGUCAUUGACCCUGCUGUUGAUCAUUUGGUGAUAAAGGGCAGUGACAGUGACCGCUCGGAACUACAGAUGUACGCAUCUCAGUAUUUCCCCCAAAUCUCCGAGCUCCUGAGGAGGCUUCCCCGUGUUAUUCUGUUGAUGCUGAAGACAAAUGACUGUUUACGAGCUGUCAAUAAUGCUUUGCUGCAGGAAUCAUCACUGGAGACAUUUUUCAUCGUUGGAAAGAUCUCGUCAGAGGCAGUUAUCGAUGCAAAGAAGUCGCAGAGGAGAUUUAACAUCCUAGCUUGGAUCGACGUGUGGUUGGACGAACUGCGGUUGGAAGCUCGUCUUCUGGGGAUGAAGUUCGCGCUUUGGCUGCUUAAAUUCCGCAGAGCUUUAACCGGGUGAAGACCGGAAACCGAGAUCAGCCUCUCAUUUUGGUUGUAACUUAAUAUACAAAUCUGAAAACGAGAGAUGUAUUAUUCUUUGCCAUCGUUCACAGCCCCAGUUAGCAGGAGCUGUGAACUUGGACCUAACUCAUUUAUUUCUUCCCUGGAAAGGGGGAAGCGGAUAGAUAUACAUCAAAUCACUUCAUACAGGUAUUUUUGUCUGCUCUUUCAAAUCCCAUCGAGGGAAGACACAAACAUGAAUAGGAAUUCUUGUUGAGUUGUUGUAUCAUUUUGGAGGCACCCAAAUAGCACAUUGGCCGCACCAUUGUUCAUUUGUUUGGACGUGCUGGAAUAAUUACUCAUCUAUGAGUUGAGAUGGGAUGACUAGAGCUGUCUUUAGCUCUAUUUCAUUCGUUUUUUUGGUUGUAGGCUAGUAGCUACUUCAUUCGUUUGAUUUCUCCUAUUGUUAAAUUAAUUUGUUG